CACAGCUGGAUGGAUUUUGGAGCUACAAAGAGAAUCACCGUUAAUGCAUUGGAGGCAGUCGAAACAAAAUCCACCGAAUUUCGCACAUCAGUGCAAAUUGGCACACGUAAAUAUAUUUUUUGCUCAAAUCAAAUAUUCAGACGACUUAACAUAUUAGAUACGUCGAAUGGUGAUUGGAGAUUUUUGAUACACACAGCAAGUGUUAUGUGGUAGAAUUUAGUAUCAGGUCUGGAGUGUAGUAGAUAGGAAUAGAAAACAAUACACAAACAAGGGACAGGCGGUGAAAUCGAAACCAGCUGAAGGUAAUUUGUUACGCUGGGAUUACUGAAAAGUUUUGAGAAACAACAUACAGGCCUAGAAUAAACACGUCAACAAGCAUCGACGAUGAAAAGUGCAUACAAGGCAGUACGAAACGCUGUGUUUUCACGAAAAGAAGAACCGACUUUUGUCGUUGAUUCACAGUGGAUCUUGGAAAGAGAUUUCGGCAUGGCUCCAACUCAAAAUAAAACUGCAUUCAAUACACCAAACCAAACGUCGUUCUGUGGCGUGAAAAAAUAUUCUAUUGACAAUAGCAGCAGAAAAACUAUUCUAGCUAGUGAAAAAGAAUCAUAUUGCCACGUAAAUGGUACGAGCACUCGGAGCAUAAGUAGCACAAAGAAUGGCACAAACUCUAUGAAAUGCGACAGAGAUAAAACUUUGGAGAUGCAGGAAAGAACUCCAAAUAUAUUCAAUAUGAUGUCGGUAUUGAAAGAACAACCACAAUCUGACGUAAUCUGCAAAACAGAUCCGCAAGAAGAAAUCAAAAAAGAGCCCAAAUAUGAUACUAGUUCAGAAAGUUCUCUUGGUUUUUCGACAAAAAGCGAUGGUUUUUAUAGCGAUGCAUCAGAUACCGACAGUGAUUGCUCAACCACCUCUGAUGAUUCAACAUCAUGUAGCGAAGAAUCUGACGAAAUUGACGAUGAUGGUUCAUUUGCUCCAGAUUUGGACACAAUUUCAGAACAUGAAGAUGAAAUGGACAAUGAUAUUUUCGAACAAAAAUCCGAGGUGACAAGCAGCACAACUGAAGAUGGACAACAGAAGACUAAUUCCCAAUGUGGAGUUUCAGCUGGAGAAGAGACGAACGCCCCAACUUCGCAUAUCAAAUCUAUUCGACUAAUGUGGCAGACAAGAGACAAAGAUUCAGAACACAUACAAAAACCCUUAUUGCCCUUCCCUUCGCAAAACAGCCAAGCACGGUGGAAAUUGAUAAAAGACGUUGCCUCAAUGCAAUCUCGCAAUGAAAAUCAGCAUGAUAUCUCUCACGACCAAAAUAAAGGGAUCCCUAAAGAAAGCAAACCACAAAUCAUCAUUGACAAAGAAAUACAAAAUCAGCAAUGCAACCACGUUACGUGCAAGGAAGAACCGAUUGAUUCAUCAAAAGGUAUCGUUCAACGAUUCGCCCUCAAGAUGCAAAGUCUCGAAGACAAAGUCAGAACAGAAGAAGAUAUGAUUGCAAAUCAUCGACCACUUUCUAAACCAGACACGGAUAACAAAGAGAAACUACGGCAUCAGGAGCCAGUAGAAACAAAAUCUGACGAUUCUUUUCUUCUCUACCUACUAGAAGUGGGUCGAAAAGACGAGCAGCACAGUUCGAAAAAAUCAAAAAAGCCGGUAUUGUUCUUCAAUACACCAUACACCGCUAAUAAUGUGUAUCAUGCGAGACAAGGUCGGGAAGUCAAAGACUCAUUUAUGGAAAAACUACCGGACACAAAAAAUAAUGUCAAUUUUGUUGAUGAAUCUGUGACAGACUCAUAUUUUCGUGAAAUAUUAAUGAAAAAAUCCAUUCCGGACGGCGUCAAAGAAAAAUUAAAAGAAGAAUGCUGGUCAAUUUUCAACAACUCCAAAACUCCACGCGGUGUUAAAAAAUCUAUUUUAGAUAACAUGAUAGUAAAUUUUUCUUCGUGAUAAUAUAAUUUUGAUUGUGCAUACAGUAUUUAUUGGAGAAUGCUGCUCAGCUGUCCGGACACUCUUGCGAUACCGGUACCGUCUGACCGUUCAAUAUAAAUAUGGCUCUAAUAUGAUUGGUCAGUAAGAGUUAACAUUCUUUAUUUAAGAAACGCCCGUAACCUCUCCAAACAUAUGUAAAAGGAGAGAUUAUCUCUCCCGCCCGGUCACUAUUCCUUAAUUUUUAUCUGCUAGCAUUUUCCUGUUAAAUUCUACGACUUAUGCUGAUUUUCAAAUAUAGUAUUAUUUUAAAACGU